AAGACGCCGCAGAACCAGGACGGGACAGUUUCAGUUGCUUUAGCGGAAUUGGAGCGAGAGGCAGAACGGCCAAGCUUUGAUUUUCUUAGUGGACACACAUAUUCUGCCGACCGUAAACACACUCACACAAACGCGAGCGCGCGCCAGAGAACAAAAUGAGCCGUCUGCUAAUAAACAAACCCAGUGCCAUGCAACGUGCGGCAGCCACAAUGUCUGGCAGGGCCGCCGCCGCCUUGCCACUUCGCCAGCCCUAUCCACAGCAGCAGCAACAAUCCAAAUUGACGCCCAGUGUCGUCAUUCGUCGCUGGAAGUCGUUUAUACAUAGCGUUCAAAAAUCCGCAACAGCAGCGGCAGAGCCAGCAGCAGCAGCGACAAGCGUGACUACUACGACAGCGACGUCGCACCGCAGCCGCAUUCAAUCCGAAGCUUUUGGGGGUAGACAUUCACCGUUUGACGCCCGUCGUUCGUUCUCAACAAGCACCAACAUGCCAGCGAAAUGUCUGCAACUGGAGAACAUCAAUCCGAACUUCAUCACCAUGGAGUAUGCUGUGCGUGGCCCUCUGGUGAUACGAGCCGGUGAAAUCGAAAAGGAGCUUGAAAAGGGCGCAAAGAAGCCGUUCGACCAGGUGAUUCGGGCCAAUAUCGGUGAUUGCCAUGCCAUGGGACAGCAGCCGGUGACGUUUCUGCGUCAGCUGUUGGCCUUGACAUUCGAACCUCGCCUGCUGGACUCGCCCGAUUAUCCCGAGGAUGUGAAGAAGCGCGCCCGCGCCAUUUUGGCCAACUGCCAGGGUCACUCGGUGGGCUCGUACACGGACUCCGCUGGCCUCGAGGUGGUGCGUCGCCAGGUGGUCGAUUAUAUAGAGAAGCGCGACGGCGGAGUGCCCAGCGACUGGCAGAAUAUUUAUCUGACUGGUGGUGCCUCGCCCGGCAUCAAGAGCAUUCUCUCGCUGAUCCACGCUGAGGUGGGAGGCAAGAAGCCUGGCGUAAUGGUGCCCAUUCCUCAGUAUCCACUGUACUCUGCCACCAUUGCCGAAUAUGGCAUGGACAAGGUCGACUAUUAUCUGGAGGAGGAUUCCGGCUGGAGUCUAAGCCGCCAGGAGCUGCAGCGCUCCUUCGAUGAGGCCAAGAAGACGUGCAAUCCACGCGCUCUGGUCGUCAUCAAUCCGGGCAAUCCCACCGGCCAGGUGCUCACCCGCGAAAACAUUGUCGAAAUCAUCAAGUUUGCCAACGACAACGGGCUGCUUCUGCUCGCUGAUGAGGUGUACCAGGACAACGUUUACGACAAGAGCUCCAAGUUCUACUCGUUCAAGAAGGUCGCCUACGAGAUGGGUGAGCCCUACCGCAGCCAAGAGCUGGUCAGCUUCCUGUCCACAUCGAAGGGUUUCCUCGGCGAGUGCGGCAUUCGUGGCGGCUACAUGGAGGUGGUUAACCUAUGUCCCCAGGUCAAGGCCAUGCUCACCAAGUCGAUAACGGCUGCCCUGUGCAGUACCACCGCCGGUCAGGUGGCCGUCAGUGCUCUGGUCAACCCACCCAAGCAGGGCGAGCCCUCGUACGAGCUAUUCCAGAAGGAGAAGAACGCCACCCUGGCGGCCCUCAAGGAGCGCGCCGAGCUUGUCCACAAGACGCUCAGCAGCUUCGAGGGCUACAAGGUGAACCCCGUCCAGGGCGCCAUGUACGUGUUUCCCCAGAUCGAGAUCCCACCAAAGGCCGUUGAGGCAGCCAAGGCCAAGGGCAUGGCACCCGAUGCUUUCUACGCAUUCGAGCUCCUCGAGACGAGCGGCAUUUGCAUUGUUCCUGGCAGCGGAUUCGGGCAAAAGCCCGGCACCUAUCAUUUCCGCAGCACGAUCCUGCCGCAGACGGACAAGCUGAAACUGAUGAUGGAGAAGUUUCGUGUAUUCCACGCUGAUUUCAUGAAGAAGUACAAGUAGAUGCCGCACCCAUUGCUUGUGGCCCUACCCUAGACCCUUCCUCCCCCUUCCGCCUGCCUGUGUUAAGAGUAUCUGAUCACGCCCCACCCCCCAGCUAAGGAUUAUCUGUUUAUUUUUUUUUUGUUACUAUAAUUGAUAAUUAUUUGCCAUAGACUUUUCUCUGUUUCCUCUGCUCUAUAUUAUUUUAUAUAUCAAAUAUAAAACAUAAA